GGCUGAAGUGUGGAUUUGGAUGUAACAAUUCAUUUAUUUGCUCUUUUCCGUUAUAUAACCCGUUGAUUUUGGAUUGUGUCUGUAUUAACAGGAUUUAGUGCAAGACAACAAAACUCUCCUGUACCAAAAGCAGACAAGAACUUCCUCCCAAGAGGCACAUGGUGAAAUUACUCCUGCCUGAUAUGGAUCAGAGCUUUCAGAGACUGAACCUGCAGUAUAUACAACUGGAAACAAACUGCAGGGAGAAAGAAGAGAUGCAGAAUCUGUGUGCUACAAAUGGGAGAACGGAGCUGUGCUGUGGGGAGCACAGACAGAGACUGGAGUUGUUCUGCCAGGAAGAUGAGGCCUUUAUUUGUGUCCUGUGUGUUCCCAAACAUUCCUGCCACAGAUUUGUAUUACUGAAUGAAGUAGCCAGUGUGUAUAAGAAUAUGUCAAAAUCAGCCUUAUCAUCCCUGGAGCUUAAAGUCUGUGAUCUUAAAAAUAUGCAAGUCCAGAAUGAGAAGGAAGUGAUAGACCUACAUGAGCAUGCUUACAGUUUAAUACAAUACAUUAAGCAAGAGUUUACAAAACUGCACCAGUUCCUCAUUGACAAGGAACAGAAACUAAUUCAACAGCUUAAGAAUGAAGAAGAAAACAUUCUGAAAGUGAUAGAAGAAAAUCUUGAAUGCAUCAAAAAUAGUGUGAUGUCUACUCAAGAGAGUAUGACUGACAAUGAUUUGGAGCUCAUAAAGCAGGAGCCUGUUGAAUUUCUUGCAGUUCCAGAGACCUUUGAAGAUGUUGCUGUCAUGUUCUCAGAGGAAGAAUGGAAGUUGUUAAGAAAACAAGACAAGGACCUUCACAGGGAAGUGAUGGUUCAGAACUAUGAAACCUUGGUUUCAGUAGGAUACAAAAUCCCCCAAGACAACUUGUUAUUGCUACUUAGAGAAGACAAUGUUAAGCUACCAGAUGGUGAUGUGGAAGAGAAAAAUACUACAGAACAGAAGGAUAGUUUUGAAGAUGAGCCCAACAGAUACAAAAUCCCCCAAGACAACUUGUUAUUGCUACUUAGAGAAGACAAUGUUAAGCUACCAGAUGGUGAUGUGGAAGAGAAAAAUACUACAGAACAGAAGGAUAGUUUUGAAGACGAGCCCAACAGUAUCAGAAGCACAGAACAGGGUGUGAGAUGCAGUCGGCAACCAUCACUUGGAAAGGCCUUGUUACAUCACCUUGCAGAAUUCCUGCAGCACAGUACGCAACCAGUGAAGGGCUAUAAGAGUAUUCAUCCCGAACCUGUACCACAGCCUUAUGCAGAGUAUAAGUGCAGCAAGAGCUACCAGUCAGACACAGAUUUUGCUCAACAGCAAAGUCCAGUGAUAAAUCAGAGAUCUUGCUCAGUGGAAAAAUUAUAUAAAUGCACAGAGUGCAGUAAGUGUUUUACAAAUUGCAAUAAGCUGAAGUGCCACCAGGCCAUUCACAAAGGACAGAAACCAUAUAAAUGCACAGAAUGCAGUAAGUGUUUCAUAAAUCGCAAUAAUUUGAAGUGCCACCAGGCCAUUCACAAAGGACAUAAAACGUAUAAAUGCACAGAGUGCAGUAAGUGUUUUCCAAAGCACAGUACUUUGAAGUACCACCAGGUCAUUCACAAUGGAGAGAAACCAUAUAAAUGCACCGAAUGCAACAAGUGUUUUUCAUGGAAUAAUAGUUUAAUGCGCCAUCAGGCUGUUCACACUGGGGAAAAAAGAUACAAGUGUCCUGAAUGCAGUAAGUGUUUUUCACAGAGUAGUCAUCUGAUACGCCAUCAGUCUGUUCACACGGGAUUAAAACCAUAUAAAUGUCCUGAAUGCAAUAAGUGCUUUUCACAGAGUGUUGGUAUGAUACGCCAUCAGGCUAUUCACACAGGAGUGAAAAAGCUAUGGGACAGUGGACAAAGCUACAUGGUGAAUUUACUCCUGCCUGAAAUGGAUCAAUGUUCACAGAGGCUGAAACUGGGGUAUAUACAACAGGAACCAAACUGCAGUGAAAAAGAAAACAUGCAGAAUCUGUGUGCUACAAAUGGGAGAACAGAGCAGUGCUGUGGAGAGCACAGACGGAGACUGGAGUUGUUCUGCCAGGAGGAUGAGGCCUUUGUUUGUGUCCUGUGUGUUCCCAGACAUUCCACCCACAGUUUUGUGUUACUGAAUGAGGUAGCCAGUGUAUAUAUGGACAUGUCAAAAUCAGCCUUAUCAUCCCUGGAGCUCAAAGUUCAUGAUCUUAAAAAUAUGCAAGUCCAGAAUGAGAAGAAACAGAUUGGCCUGCAUGAGCAUGCUUGCAGUUUGAUACAACACAUUACACAAGAGUUUGCAAAACUGCACCAGUUUCUCAUUGACAAGGAACAAAAACUAAUCCAACAGCUUAAGAAUGAAGAAGAGAAGAUUCAGAAAGCGAUAGAAGAAAGUCUUAAAUGCGUUAAAAACAGUGUGAUGUCUACUGAAGUAACUAUCACUGACGAUAAUUUGGAGCUCAUAAAAGAGGAGCCUGUUGAUUUUUUUACAGUUCCAGAGAUGUUUGAGGAUGUUGCUGUCAUGUUCACAGAGGAAGAAUGGAAGUUGUUAAGAAAACAAGAGAAGGACCUUCACAGGGAAGUGAUGGUUCAGAACUAUGAAACCUUGGUUUCAAUAGGAUACAAAAUCCCCCAAGAUAAACUAUUAUUGCUACUUAGAGAAGACAAUGUUAAGCUGCCAGACGGUGAUGUGGAAGAGAGAAAUACUACAGAACAGACAGGAUUUUUUGAAGACGAGCUGAACAGUAUCGGAAUCACAGAGUACAGAAUGAGUGGCAGUCAAGAACACUCACUUGUGAAAUCCCAGUUAAAGCACCAUCCAGAGAGCCUGCAGCAGUGCAUUCAAUCUAUGAAAUGCUACAACAUAGUUCAUCUUGCUCCUGUAUUACAGCAUCAUUCAGGACAUCACUAUAACAGGAGUUUUGAGUGCGAUAGUGAAACACCCUCAUUACAUAACCUGAAAGAGAACCUGGAACAGUGUGUUCAGCCUGUGAAGGGCUCCAACAAGGAUCAUAUCCCUCCAGUUCAUCUUCCAUCAGUUCCUAACUGCAACAAUAAUUCUGACUGUGACAAUGGUACCCCACAGUUACAUCAUCCAACAGUGAACUUACAACAGUGUACUCAGCCUGUGAAGGGCUCUGACAGACUUCCUGUCCCUUCUGUACCACUGCUUCACUCAGGAAAUAUAUGGAGUAAGAGCCUGGAAUGUGCUACAAGCCUUGCUACUCAGGAAAGUCUAGUAAUGCACACUGAGAACAAAACUUAUAGAUGUGAUGAAUGUAGUAAGUGUUUUUCUGCCCAAAGUCAAUUGUUAAGCCAUCAGCUGAUGCACUCUGGUGAGAAACCAUAUGAAUGUACUGAAAAUAGUAAGUUUUUUACAACCCAGCAAAGGCUAGCACAUCAGCAGGGCAUUCACAGUGGUAAAAAAAAGUAUAAGUGUACAGAAUGUGGUAAGGGGUUUAUAUUUCAAAGACGCCUAGUACGUCACCAGGCAGCUCACACCACGGAGAAACAGCAUCAGUGUACUGAAUGCGGUAGGUGUUUUACUCGCAACUCUAAUUUAAUACGUCAUUAUAUCAUUCACAGAGGCAAGACAACAUACCCAAAAGACUUGGAGAAAGUAAAUCUGAAGAAACCUUAUAAAUGUGAUGAAUUCAGCAAGUGUUAUCGUGACAGGAGCAGUUUACGCUGUCACCAAAAGUCUCACACAAGGGAAAAGCUAUAUAAGUGCACUGAUUGUAAUAAAUGUUUUACACUGCUUUAUAAACUUAAAACUCACCAACGAAUUCACACAGGGGAAAAACCAUAUAAAUGUACUGAAUGUAGUAAGAGCUUUACAUUAACAUCUAGCCUUAGAACUCAUCAACGAGUGCAUACUGGCGAAAAACCAUACAAAUGUAAUGAUUGUGGUAAGAGCUUUACAGUCCAUAGUACACUUAAAACACACCAACGAAUUCAUACAGGGGAAAAGCCGUAUAAAUGUACUUAUUGUAGUAAAAGCUUUGCACACCGUUCUACACAUAGAGUUCACCAACAACUUCACACAGGGGAAAAACCAUAUAAAUGCUCUGAGUGUAGUAAGAGCUUUUCAUCACAUUAUGCUUUUAGAGCUCACCAAAGAAUUCACAAAGGUGAAAAACCAUAUAAAUGUCCUGAUUGUAGUAAGAGCUUUGCACUGCCAUAUACACUUAGAAUUCACAGACAAAUUCACACAGGGCAAAAGCCAUAUAAAUGUCCUGAAUGUGGUGAGUGUUUUGUACGGCAAUUGUGCCUACAAAUACAUCAAACCACACACACGGGAGAGAGGGUGUAUAAGUGUGCAGAAUGCAGUAAGUGCUUUGCAGUUCGCAGUCGACUGAUUCGACACCAGGCUGUUCACACAGGGGAGAAACCCUAUAAAUGCACUGAAUGCAGUAAGUGUUUUUCACAAAAAACUACUCUGAUAAGGCAUCAAGCCACUCACACAGGGGAGAAGCCAUUUAAAUGCAUUGAAUGUAAUAAAUGUUUUUCACGUAAUAGUAGCCUGUUACGACAUCAGACCAUUCACACAAAAUCUCACCAAGACGAAGCUGAUAUAUAGACUUUAUUUUACAUAGUAUAUAUCAUGGACAGAAAUAGAUCAA